UCGUCAAACGCAAAGCCAACAAUGUUCAGGAAGACACCAAACAGGCGAUGGAGGGGCCAUCAAUCGAGCAAGGUCGUCAAAAACAGCAGAGGAGAGGAAGUGGCAACCAAGGCCUCGCUUUCCUUCUGCCAUCUCAAGAAUACCAAUGAUAACGGCGGCCAUACUCGCUUCCGAGAGGACGACAUGGAGAAUGCAACAGUUCCGCUCAUUCGUUGACCGUACGACGGUGCUCUGCGUGGUAUACAAAAUAGACUAGAGUGUCUCCUCUGUUUCUUUUGUCCUUUUGUUCGUAUUAUCUUCAAAAUGAGUGAAACUCAUCUAUCUUUCGUGUUAUAGUUUCAUAGAUAAUAUACAAAAUAGACUAGUGUUUCCUCUGUUUCUUUUAUCCUUCUCAAUGGCAUUAAACAUCACUAUUUACAUUAAAGACAUUAUUGGUUUUUUUAACUAGUUUUUCGUACGAGAAUUGUACCAAAUCUACACUGAAAAUUGAAUCGAAUUAUAGAUGCUCUUAACUGUGAUCGGACUGGAUUGAAAACAGUUUGGUCUAAUUUUAAUCCGAGUACCACUGACCGUAAUAUUAGUUUUCAUGUUGGGGACUAUUUUUGCAUUCUCCCACGCAACCGGAAACCAAAUUGAAUUGGAGUAAAUCCGAUUUCCGGUUACAACCGAACAAAGUUGUAUGUUACGGUUUCCGGUUGGACCUGAAAACUGAGACUGAAUUCCAAAAUCCAACCUUAAGUUGUGAUCUGCAUAAGUUUGAACCAAGCGUGUACCAUCAAAUUUUUUUUUUUUUUUUUUUUUACUCAAGACGUGAAAAUCACAUGUUCGCGUCUCGGUUAGCGGGCCCAAGUGAACCAACAACCGCAAAGUGGGCCAAAGUAUUUCCAGGCCCGCAGUCACGCAAAACCUAUAAGCCCGCUCUCUAUGGCCACCACCGCCCUAAAUUCAAAUUGCGAAUGAAGCUUUUCCCCUCUCCAUAUAAACCCUUCGCUUCCUCUGCGUCUGUACUAGUAAUUACUUGGCUUUUGAUUCUGCAUCGAUCGAGAGGGAGCGGAAGGAAGAAAGAAAUAUGUCUGCUCAGGAUGCUUACUCGGUGGAUAUGCUGGAACGCAAAAUCGCGGCCAAGUACGAUCCAGAGGGUUUGCCGAUGGCAGGAUCUUUACUCGGUCUCGGUGGACGUAUCCAGGCCGACGGGAGGAUGUACAAGUUCGUCAAACAACCGCCUCCUACGCACAAGAUCAACCUGAAGACCCCAAUCGGGGAAUGGAGGCCCCACGGUUCGAGCAAGAUCGUCAAGAACAGCAAAGGAGAGGAAGUGGCGACCAAGGCUUCAUAUUCCUACUACUGUUACACCAGCCGCGGCGCCCAGAGGACGCCAUGGGAGAGGCAAGAGUUCGUCGCUUUUGUUGAUCAGUCGAUCGCGCUCCAAGUGACCUACAAGAACAUGAGUGCCUCCCCUGUUUCUUCUAUUCUUGAAAGGGAUUAGGGCUAUGUCUACUUCUAAGUGAAGUGAAGGCAACAAGAAGUUGCUUUGUUUCAGUUAGUUAUGUUGAUGAUUUGCUUAAAGUUCAUGUCUUUUUCAUCUGGGGUCUUGUUAUUUUUCUUAUUAUGUAUGCUUUAGUACGAAGAAUGAUACACAACAGUGAAGGACACCAUAGAAACCUUUGUUCCAUCUUCAUAAAUGAAUCCAAAGUAGCACUCUGAGAAUAUCACACACUAUGCUGGUUAUUGAUUGAUAAAAGUGAAAUCAGCAAUGCUGCACAUUGUUCCCACACUAGCCUGGGUGAGAGUUCUCAAGAACUAGGGAAAUCGAUCCUCUGCAAGGUUAUCAUCGACACUACAACACAACCAUAGUACUUGUAGUUAUGAUUCCAGUGUCCUAUAUUGGAACCUAGAACAUCGAUCACGAGUGCGUUUUGGGGAGAUUCUGAGUUCGAGAACUCGAAAUGAUUCUCUCUGUGGAUCAAAACUUCACUGCAGUCGUCCAUGUGCCUUGCACACUCGGGUGUUUAGUCACGUGUCUCGUCUUCAGUUUCACCACCUUCCGCCCCAAGGCAUUCCUCAGCCGAGUAGCAUGCAGCAGUACUUCCUCUGGGGUCAUGUUCCUCACACUUACCACUCGGUCGUUGUUGUUCUCUUUUCACACACAAACACAAGGAGAAUAUUUCCAAGGUGAUUGUCUUUGAGAACCAGAAAGAGAGAAAGAGAGGAAGCAGCAAGCAGGCUUACUGUAAAAGGCCUUCAAGUGAGGAUGCUGUCCUCGAAUGAGCUCAGUUUCAAGCUCCAAAUGGGGAUUCGCCUCUUUGAACCAAGGAAGGUGCGACUCCAUGAAUGCCCUUUUAACACCAAUCGAGCAAACCAAUAAACCCACUUGUACCAAAAGAUGAAUAGCAUAAUAGAUACCAUUCAAUUACUAGAACAAAGAAGCUGUGGCAAUGAAAAUUUGUAUCAUCCAUAAUCCGAACAAUUCGGCCAAGCCCGUAUGACAGCGAGAGAGAUAGUUCACCUGAUGCUUCUGCUACUUCCACCCCAAUCAGAGUAACUCACAACCAGCUUUCUCAGCUGCCAAACACCUCUUAAGGCCAUCUGAAACUUUUCACCAAGUCAAAUUACUGAAGAGGAAAAGGGCAUCCCUUUAACAGAACACGUUCAUUUAAAUGCCAAUACACAAGGAUACAUGGCACCGAUAAACCCAGUAAUAGCAAAACAGAGACGCAUGAGAAAUGAUCAUCUACGAAGCAUUCGAUGGGAACAAUGAAAACUGAAAUCAGAA